AUGGAGGAACUGGCCCGGGAGAGCAUUAGCCUGUUGGCCCGGUCUGCGUCUCAUGCGGAUCCUCCGCGGCUCGGCUCGUUCGGCGCGGUGUUCAUCAUGCUGAAGUCCGCGCUCGGAGCUGGACUGCUCAACUUCCCCUGGGCUUUCCAAAAGGCGGGGGGAGUGACCACCGCCAUCAGUGUGGAGCUGGUUUCGCUGGUUUUCCUCAUCAGUGGUCUGGUCAUCCUCGGCUACGCUUCAUCAGUCAGCAGACAGAAGACCUACCAGGACGUGGUGAGCGAAGUGUGUGGGCGAGCUGUGGGGCAGCUCUGUGAAGUCUGUUUCUGCUUCAACCUCUUCAUGAUAUGUGUUGCCUUCCUGGUGGUGGUGCAGGACCAGCUGGAGAAAUUGUGUAUUUCUUUAUAUGAGACGGUGACUGGGUCCACUGAGGGAGAGAUGCCAUACCACUGGUACACCGACCAAAGAUUUGCCCUCUUCAUCAUGUGCCUCUUCAUCAUCCUACCCCUGUCCAUCCCAAAAGAAAUCGGCAUCCAGAAAUACACAAGUGUGCUGGGGACGCUGGCUGCUACAUAUCUGUGUGUGGCAGUGGUUGUCAAAUAUUACCUGAUGGAGAACCACACUGUUAUAAUAACUCCAGAGCACAGCCAAGGUGUAAGCUCGUGGGCUUCGAUGUUCAGUGUCGUGCCGACCAUCUGCUUUGGCUUCCAGUGCCAUGAAGCCUGUAUAGCAAUCUACAGCAGCAUGGAGAACCAGAAGCUCUCCCACUGGGUGGUCAUCUCUGUGCUCUCCAUGUUUUUCUGUUUACUCGUCUACACGCUAACUGGUGUGUACGGCUUCAUGACGUUUGGAAGAGCAGUUGCCUCAGAUAUUCUGAUGUCAUACCCAGGAAAUGAUGUGGUCAUGAUCAUUUCCAGACUGCUUUUUGGAAUCUCAAUUAUCACCAUUUAUCCAAUUAUUCUUCUUCUGGGGAGAUCUGUCAUCCUGAACCUGAUGCUGCGCAUUCAAAGACGCCGUCGAGGAAUCGUCACUCAUUCCUUUGAGAGUCGCUGCAGAGUCGUUCUCACUGUGAUGUGGAUCGCCGUCACUGUUGUCAUCGCCAUGUUUGUCCCUGAUAUGGGUGAGGUCAUCAGUGUCAUCGGAGGGAUCAGCGCCUUCUUCAUCUUUAUUUUUCCUGGUCUUUGCUUAGUGUUCACAAUGCAAACCGAAUCGGUGACUCCAAGAGUCAGGGUGCUUUUAACAGUUUGGGGAGUCAUAACCAUCGUCGUUGGAGCCUUCAUCUUUGGACAGAGCACAACCAUCGCUGUCAUGGAGCUUUUCCACAAAUUCUGAAUUUCACGCCAUCAUCACAGCAGCUGCUUCACUGUGACUUCUGAGCGGUUUGUGACGCUCACCUCUUUUGCACAACUGGAACUUGCAUUUAUAAAGGUGGUUUUUACUUGUAUUUCUAUAUACAGGUCAAUCACAGCCUGGAUAUAAAUAUAUUUACUAUGUGAGAAUGUAAUAUUUUUUUUGUGUGAUCUGUACAAUAUAAUGUCAGAGAGCAUGAUGUCAAAAUACUGUAUUAUGAAUUAAAUUGUUAAGUAUACACAGAAAAAAUAUUGAUGUUUGAAUGUAUGCAUCUGUUUUAUUUGGUAUGUAAGGUAUGUGAGGUAAUAUAUUAAAUGAAAAAUCACUG